CACUGUUUCGACUUUGACCGCCAGUGAAAUGUGUUGCCGAGGCUGACUAUUGCAGUAUUAAUUGCCGUAAGUGCCUACAUUGCUCAUUACUACGAUAACUUCACAGCUGCAAUCAAUAUGGAACCCAGUAAAUUAGUUUACACCGCGGCUGGCUUCCUGGUGUUAGUGACGCUCGGAAGCUGCCACUGCCCAGCCACCAGCACGCGAGUCCUCGGCAACUGCUCCUUCCAGUACAUCUGCUACCAUGACGUCUCCAAGGCCCACGUGCCCCUCGAGUGCCAAGCCACCAACAAAUCUGUCGACAUCAAAGUCAUCCUGCGCAACCCUACCUUCAACGAAAACACCACUAGCGACGCGGCCUUCAUACGAUCCAUCACCUCCUUCCAAGCAAUCGGGCCGUGGCCUUUCGACAAUCUCACCUUCGUCAAACAUAUGGUCUCUUUAAAGGAGUUAAACCUCGCGGGUAACAACAUUGAACGUAUCAUGGGCUACCCUUUAUACUACCUUUACGAAUUGGAGAAAGUAGAUUUGUCACGCAACCGAUUGUCACAUAUCGACACUUUGUUUUUGCAACCGCAACCGAGAAAACUCAAAACAGUCACACUGGCUCAUAAUAUUAUCGAAGGUAUACCAAUAGAUGCCUUCGAUAAAGUGACAUCCUUAGAAGAAUUGGAUCUUUCUCAUAAUGUCAUUAGAGAUUUAGAUAGUAGCAGUUUCGGUAGUCUAUUCCGACUCAAACAGCUAAAUCUUGCUUUUAAUGAAAUCGAUAAUAUUCCUGACGGUAUUUUCGUCAAUGUCACAUCCUUAGAAGAGUUAGAUCUUUCGAAUAACUCUAUAAGUAAAUUAAACAAUAAUACCUUCAGCAGUUUGUCUGGGCUCAAAGUCUUAAAGCUGGCCAACAAUAAAAUUAUUGAUUUAGACGGCGCUUUAAAUAGUUUGAAAUUCUUAAAACAUCUUUAUCUCGGUGGAAAUCAGAUUCAGAAUAUUGACAUGCAGUCACUUAAAAUGGUUGACGAUUUAGAAACGUUCGAUGUUUCUGGUAAUAAUCUCGAAAAUAUAGCUUCAGAUAUGCUCGCGCGCCACUGGCAUUAUUCUGACAUCAAUUCAAAAUGCAGAAUUAUACUUUCAAAUAACAAUUUAGUGUCUCUGCCAAAUGCAACUUCUGAGACUUUAAUUAGACGUUUAGAAGAAGAAAAGAACAAUAGAAGUCUAAAUCAUAUUCAAACUAAACUCGAUCUAUCCAAAAAUUACAUAACGAACAUCGAAUUUUAUGCUUUUCGAUACAUUUUGUAUCUUACAUCUUUGGAUCUUUCACAAAAUAGGCUAACCGAUUUUGUCGUUCAUGCGGAAGACUUAAAACAUGUCAAAUGGCUGAAUCUCAGCAAUAAUUACAUAAGAAAUCUUAACUAUGAAUCAUUUUUAUUAAUGGACCAUAUAGAAAACUUAGAUCUGUCUUUCAAUCAAUUGGAAAAUGUGCCCGAUCCUAACUUUUUAAGCAUAAAAAGCAUGCCGAUGUACGUCAAUAUGUCCGUGAAUAAUUUAGUAAAUGUAAAUAAUUUAAGAAUAAAAUUUCAUAAUAAAGGAGGAGUGUUAGAUCUCUCGAACAACUCGCUUUCGGUCGUAAAUAUUCCACAAGGGGAGACACUUCGCUUGUUGAUGUUAGUUUUGCGUUCAAACAAUAUAGAAGAUCCUUCUUUAGUCGACCUAAGGCAACAAGACGAGCUGAAAAUUCUUGAUAUGAGCAAAAACUAUAUCAAGGACUUGACUGAGGCGUCGCUCCAUUUGCCUCCUAGCCUCGAGUAUUUAGAUUUGACAUACAACGAGAUAUCGAACAUGACUCCUUCUGUUUUUAAAGACCUCGGCGACUUGAGGACUCUCCGGCUGUCUCACAAUUUUUUAAAUCGUAUUGAGUACGGCGCAUUCCAGAGUCUAAACAAUCUAAAAGAUUUGGAUUUGUCGUAUAAUGAUAUACAGAUUCUGGAUUCCAAGGUAUUUACAGACUUAAAAUCGCUUCAAGUGUUGUCGGUGCGCCACAAUGGGAUGUAUUAUCUUGAUUACAAAAGUUGGGUUGGGCACAAGUACGUUAUCAGGGUGAAUCUGGACGGGAAUAGUUUCGAUUGCCAAUGGUUGGCCGCGGCGAUUAGUGACUUUAGCAAUGGGAUCUCGAUGAUAGAGCCCGCGGCGACAGAGCCGGUAGAGUUCGGGAACAACUUGAAAGGCAUCUCUUGCGUGCAGGAUGCUCCGGGUAACUAUAUGGAGGGGUUGGACGCUGACAGGACUCUGCUGGUGAUGACUUCUAAGAUACUCGAGGCCAUUAGGGAACAGAAUAGGAUAAUUAAGGCGCAACUGCGUUUCCAUCCCGGUUUAGAGCACACAAGUUCGUGUGGUAACGAAGUCAAAUAGGAUAAGUGUAAUUAUAGGAAAACAAUGUAUACUUCAAUUUGAUCCAAUAUAUUUUGAAUAAAUACACAUAAUCUA